UUUAUACAAAUAAGAAUUCAUUAGAUUUAUGUAUACCAUAAAUGCUAUGAGGUAAAAUAAACUAUAAGCUUGCACAAAUUAAGUUGGACAAAUGUAAAGGACAUUUUUUGACAUUAAUAAAAGUAAUUUGCUGUAUGUGAGGUAUAAUUAAUUAUGUAAAUGUUGUAUUUCUUGGAGUUAAAGAAUAGCAACAGCAGCAAGAAAAAAAAGCCCCCAAAAAACAGAGUGGAAACCGAGGGUGGCCAAAAGAAGGAAGCUACCAUUUCUGUGGUUAUGCUGACAUGAAGUCACCUCCUGUUUCAAACAAAGUACAGACAGGCAGUAUGCAAAAGGGCUCUCGACACCGACACACGUAGCUCAUUUCAAUAACCUACACUAACUUUAGAUACAGCAAAUUGCAUAUUUGUGAAAGCGUUUGGAUGCUUAAUGACUUUGUCGAAAGUUGGAGUUGUCACUCCAGUGGGAUGAAGGAUAGACAGAGUUUCUAACGUUUUGCUGGGACUCCUAAAAUCAGGCAGGAGCCAAAUCUUUGACUACAAGGAUGAAUUCCAGCGUGACCCCGCAGCAUCCGUCUACCUCCAUGACGACUCAGAACGUUACACCAACCGCUGCUCCAUCCCCAGAUUUCCACAUUACCCUCACGGUCAUCUACUCUGUGGUUCUGCUGUGCGGUACGGUCAGCCUGAGCCUGAUGAUGCACAUCUUGAAGUCCAGUGCUGCUUCUGCCACCUCUAUUACCGUGUUUAACCUCAUUUUCGCCCACUUCGUCUUCCUUCUGACGGUGCCCUUCAGAAUUUACUAUUAUGUAACCAACAAGUGGAAUUUGGGUCCCGAGUGGUGUAAAAUGGUGAGCGCUAUGAUCCACAUUCACAUGUACAUGUCGUUUUUGCUCUACAUGAUCAUCCUCGUCACUCGCUUGUGGCCACACUACUGUAGGACCAGGCAGGUGGAGCCCUUAGGCAGGAUGCAAGCACUCAUCGGCAGUGUAGUGAUGUGGGUCAUUGUGCUCAUCUUAAUCCCUUGCAUCAUUUUUUCUUUUUAUGGCAAGUCAGAUCAAGAUAAAAAUUCCACUCAUUGCUUUCAUUUUGCAGAAAGCAUGACAUCUGCCAAAGAGCUGAACUACAUAUUAAGCACACUGGUGAUAGUGGUUGCUGUUGUGUUGACAGCCCUUCAGGCCAACGUCCUGUGGACUCUGUACAAAAGGGAUCGCCAGGGAUGCAGGUCUCAGCAAGACUUCGGGGCUCAACUGAAGAGCCUCUGCUUCACACUGAUCAUGCUAAUCUGCUUCGUUCCCUACCAUAGUUUUCGGCUGUAUUACAUCAGGCAACCUGAGCUUGAACCUAUCAACGAAGUCUUACUGAGCCUGACCACUUUCAACUGUUUGGACAUGCUCACCUUCCUGGGGAGGAGAACAUUCCACAUGUGCUUUAGAAGAAGGACUGUGUGAACACAAAAACUGUGAAUGUGCAUACAGGAGACAAACUGAUGUAAAACGUCGACAUGCAUUUCUAUUUUCUAUUUCUUGUUGAUCUUUAUUUGAUAUCAAAUUGUGAUCCUUUUGCCUGCUUCAUUAUCUAACCAAUAUUAUUUCAACUGAUUAUUAUUAUUAUUAUUAUUAUUAUUAUUAUUAUUAUUAUUGCAGAAAUGCUUGGUUGUUGAAUUAAUAAAAAAUGUUUUUGCCAGAGAUUAUGAACUCAGGUCCAGUUCUGAUAUUGUAUUUAUGAAUAGCAGAAAUUUAUAUGAUGCCGAGUAAUAAAUGCAAUCUGAAAACCA